AGGCCCAAACACUGAGGAGCCAGCAAGGCGUAAGGAACAAAAAUCCCAGGCCAAGGAAGAGCUAAGAAAAAAUGAUACUUUCACGUGGAAAAACCGACUCGGCAAGCUCGAGGAACGCGGCCAGCGGAGGUCCUGGCAGCGGCCUGGGAGUCACCAGGCAGUCGAGAAAGACUCCGGUGCCGGCCUCUCUCGAGGAUUUCAUCAUCAAGCGCGAUUACACGGGUGCCAGGGCUUUUCUGGAGUACGCAAACGACGACGAAGACGAGGAGGAGGGUGCCCAGGCCAUAAAACAGCGGCAAGUGGAUCAAUGGAUUGCGUUUUGCAACUUUCACCUAGGCGACUACCAACAGGCUCUUGGCCAAUACAAGUCCAUACAGAAAACCGCCCCUGUCCCCGAUGGGAAAGUGGAUCUUAACCUAGCCGUCUGCAUGUUCUAUUUGGGCCUUUACGAGGAGGCUCAGCAGCUGAUGGAGAAGGCUGCCGACAGCCAGCUAAAGCAGCGUCUCCUGUUUCACUUGGCCCACAAAUUGGGCAACGAAGAGGAGUGGAGUGACCUCCAGGAGGAGCUGCAGAACUCGUCCAGCUUGGAGCAGCAACUGAGCCUGGCUUCGAUGCACUAUUUGCGAGCCCACUACCAGGAGGCCAUCGACGUCUACAAGCGAGUGCUCGUAGACAACAAGGACUACAUGGCCAUCAACGUGUACUUGGCUCUGUGUUUCUAUAAGCUCGACUACUACGACAUGUCCCAGGAAGUGCUAGAUGUGUACCUUGGACAACACAGCGAUAGCACCAUAGCCAUAAAUCUGAAAGCCUGCAAUCGAUUCCGACUAUUUAACGGUCGUGUGGCGGAGCAGGAGAUCAAGAACAUAGCCGACAAUGGAACCUUCGGGGCAGAUCUUCUGCGGCACAAUCUAGUUGUUUUCCGGAAUGGCGAGGGAGCCCUGAGGGUCCUGCCUGGCUUACUGAACAUCAUACCCGAAGCUAGGCUUAAUCUAGCCAUUUACUAUUUGAAGCAGGGGGAUAUCCAGGAGGCACAUGCCUUGAUGAAGGAACUGCAGCCCACCUCGCCGCAUGAAUAUAUUCUCAAGGGCGUAGUGCACGCCGCUUUGGGUCAGCAACUAGGAUCAAAAGAGCACAUCAAGACGGCCCAGCAAAACCUCCAUUUAGUGGGAAGUUCGGCCACAGAAUGUGACACCAUACCAGGUCGCCAGAGCAUGGCCUCUGCGUUUUUCCUCUACGAACAGUUCGAGGAAGUACUUGUUUACAUGAACUCCAUUCGGAGUUACUUCGUCAACGACGAUGUUUUCAACUAUAACUUUGCCCAGGCCAAGUGCGCCACAGGGUACUACAAGGAGGCGGAGGAGUUGCUAAUGCAAAUUUCCGACAUGGACAUCAAGAACCAACACACUUACUGCAUGAUCCUGGCCAAGUGUCACAUCCACUGCGGUCAUCCGGAGCUGGCCUGGAAUGUGUUCAUCACCAGGGACACAAAUGCCGAGGCCUUCAUCCUGUUGCAAUUAAUUGCCAACGAGUGCUACAAGUGCGAGGAAUUUUGGGUGGCAGCCAAGGCCUUCGAUAUGCUGGAAAAACUCGAUCCCAGUCCUGAGAAUUGGGAAGGUAAGCGCGGAGCCUGUGCUGGAGUCUUGUUUGCUUUGGCCACCAAGGCUCAUCGGGGUCGUCCUGGUGGCGGAAUUACUGAAGUCAUAGGACUCCUACGGGAUUCAUCGAAUGGUCAAGCAGAAGCUAUGAUUAAAACCAUAAGAAAGCACAUCAACAGUUUCAAAUAAUUUUGUUUAUGAAAAUAUAUACAUUUUGAAUAAACCAAAAGGAUUCAUGACUUUCUCAAUUAA